UCGAAUUCGCUUAUUUGAGUGCUGCUUUAGUCUUGUUUCAACAUUCGUCGCGUUCGCAAGAUCCCCCAAAAAAAUCCGAGCUCAGAAAAAAUGCGCGAUAUUUUGUUAUUGCUGCUAUCGCUUGCUUUGUGCUGCUACCUCACACAGGCACAACGACCAGAUCGUGCGCCUCCGCCACCGCCACCGCCUCCGAGAGAACAUAAUCAUCAUCGUGCGCCACCGCCACCGCCACCACCACAGAGAGAACAGGAUAUUGUGUUUCCCGACCCAAGGCAAGCUGAUGAGGAGAGAAGGGAAUUCAUUUUGUACAAGAUUCAAGACUUUUUAUUUGAAAAUAUGGAGAAUUUACCACGCCCCAGACCACCCCCACCAAUGGGACCCCAUAGACCUGGCCAACCUUUCCCCCCGCCUCCGAAUAGUAGGCGGCACAAGAAACGCAAGACGAGAACCCGACGUCGUCUGUGCGAACGCAAAUAUUCGGAGUACAUUGAACGCAUAUUUCCCAAUGAUACGGCAAUUGCUGAAGACGCCAACGAUGAAGAUUUCGAUGGACGCAUACUCGCCAAGCCUGGCGAAUACCCACAUAUGGCAGCGCUUGGCUUUCAGCAAGACUCCGAGAAAAUUCAAUACAAAUGUGGCGGCAGUUUGAUAAGUGAGAACUUUGUUUUAAGCGCUGCUCAUUGCACCGAUGAGCAAGGUGUGUCGCCAAAAUGGGUGCGCAUUGGCGGACUUAAUCUGCUGGUUGAUGAGACGAGUGGAACAUCCCAAAUUAUUGGCAUUCAAACCAUUCACAAUUACCCCAGCUACAAAGACACCUCCUACUAUCAUGAUAUUGCACUACUCAAAUUGGAGCGUAAAGUCAAGCUUACGGAGUUUGUGCGUCCGAUAAGACUUUGGGUUACCGAAGAAAUACCCACAUCAAUUGCCUUUGCCAUGGGCUACGGUUCGACCAGCUUGACCAAAUCGAUGACGAAUCGGUUGACUCAUCUCAAUCUGACCAUUGUGCCCAACGAUGAGUGCAACAGGGAUUUGCCUGCCUUUGCAGAGACACCCGACGGCAUCAUUGCCAGUCAGAUUUGCGCCCAGGACUUCAUCUUAAGUCGCGACACCUGUCAAGGCGACUCGGGUGGUCCACUUCAAUUGAAUUUACCCGGAAGACGACGUCGUCAUAUACAUUACCAUCUGAUCGGGAUCACCUCCUAUGGUGUCUUCUGUCGCAGCAGCUUUCCAAGUGUGUAUACGCGUGUCUUCACCUACUUGGAUUGGAUUGAGCAAAUGACGUGGGGUACGUCGGGUUAAUACUUUUAAACUACUCAUGUCUGAAGAAUAAAAAUACAUCAAAUUUUGAUACCAAA